UGAGUAUCGAAUCGCUUUCGUAAAAUAUGUUAAGGACCAUAACAACAUCACGGUGUCAUCUAUUUUACUGUGACGUCAUAAUUAUAUUGUACGAAAACCACGAACACCAUGCAGGGGGAGGAUGAGUCAGUCGGUUAAACGUAAAGACAUGGACGUGACUUAUAUAAAGUGCAUCGAAGUACACUUGUUCGUAUUUUAUUGUUGUCUCAAAUAUUGCAGAAUGUAAAGCCCAGCUACAUAUAUACAUAUCUUAAAUAUAUUUUCCCUUUUAUUAGUAUUGCAUUGUCCUCUUACAAGAUGGCACGUUCUGUUGCUCUACUGUUAUUACUGUGUUCGUCGAUCGUAUCAACUUUGGCAACACCAUGGACUUUUUACAACAUACCAUCAUUCACACAUCGUCCUCAACAUCAUAACAUUCAGCUGACAGGUACAGAGGACAGCUAUACUGCAGGUAGUGAUGUAUCGCCUUCCAUUUCCAUUACAGUAGCUGCACCCACCAUAUCAAGCAUUGUUAUCAAAGAUAAUGCACAACAAACCAAUAUUGGCAAUGGAGGAGCUGCCUAUGGAAAUGGUAAUGCUGGAAAUGGUGGGAACUUCGAAAACAUAAAUAUCGAAGGUAUAAAGGACAACGCUGACACUGUGCCCUCAGAUGGAGGCACUCCCGAUGACGUUUUUAAUCUUGGUAAUGGAGGAAACAGCUACGGAGGUGGUGAUGGUGAAAAUGGUGAUAACUUUAGCAAUAUCACUAUAACGGGGUAG